AUGUCAUCAUCACCAAACAAGAUCAUCCAUCGAAAUGCUACUCCCCUACAAGACAUUGAGCUUCCUAUCUUGAACACUUCUUCUCGGCACCCGGCGCAGAGAGUCAAUCCAACCCAAGAAGAGACAGACUUGACCCAGGCGAACAUUCUCAAAAUCAUUGCAGCGGGCUUCUCCUUCUUCUUUGCCGGGACAAAUGAUGGCAGUUUAGGUGCCUUGACCCCCUACAUUCUAAGAACAUACCAUGUUGGGACGGAAUACAUUGCUUUGAUUUAUGCAGCAUCAUUCCUUGGCUGGCUCUUCACCGCAGCAACUAAUAGCCAUGUCUCUCGAUAUCUCCAUCUAGGCUCAAUUCUCACCCUUGGGGCGGCCCUCCAGCUCAUAGCUCACCUUCUCCGAUUCUGGAAUCCGCCAUUUGGUCUCUAUGUCGUUACAUUUUUCAUCCAAGCCGCGGGGAUGGCGUACCAGGACUCUCAUUCCAACACUUUCGUUACCUCCAUUCGAGGCGCCCAUAGAUGGCUUGGGUUCAUCCACGCCAUGUACGCCCUUGGGUGUCUCGUUUCUCCGUUUGUUGCUACUGCCAUUACUUCAAAGGUGGGCGAGAAGUGGCCACUAUUUUACCUAUUUCUUGUCGGCAUUGGAACCUUUAAUGUUGUGGGUGUUCUGAUUGGCUUCAGAGACAGUCUCAAGGUACAUGCUCCACAAAACCUUUUGCCAUCUUCCAUGGACACGAAUAAUCGCAGCGGAAAUGCGUCUCGUGACAUCAUCGACACACUAAAGUCACGUCCAGUCUACCUUUUAUCUCUAUUUUACUUCUUCAUGCUCGGAGUCGGCAUCACCGCUGGAGGCUGGGUUGUGGAAUAUCUUGUGUCCGCCCGCAGCGGAAGACUACCUGAAGUCGGGUACAUUCCAGCCGGUCUCUGGGGUGGGGUAUUUCUGGGUAGAGUUGCCCUGGCAGAGCCAACCCAUCGUUUUGGAGAGAGGAAUAUGACGAUGGUGUAUUGCGUCAUGAUUCUGGCACUCCAGCUGGUAUUUUGGCUUGUCCCCAACCUUACCAGUAGCGCAGUCGCAAUUUGCGCCUUAGGCUUCUUCUAUGGCCCAAUGUUUGCUACGGGUAUGUCGAUUGGUUCAAAGCUAUUCGAGAAAAGGAUUCAGCCCACAGCCUUAGGCUUUGUGUUUGUUCUUGCACAGGCUGGCGGGUCUCUCUUCCCCGCUCUCACUGGAGUUAUAGCAAGCAAGGCUGGUGUGAAGGUUAUGCAACCAAUUCUCGUUGGGCUGAUAGUUGCAAUGGGUAUUGCAUGGACGCUGGUCCCGAAAAUACCCCACAGAGACGAUUGA